CGAGCUCCCCAGGGCCAGCCACGGCGACUGGGAAUCAGGAACCCGUCCCGCCCACCACGCGCUCCGCCCCGCCUCCGCCCCGCCUACCAAUGGCGAGCGGCGUUGGGCACGCCGGCCGCUGAUUGGCUGCGCUCGGCACGCUCGGGGCGGCGGCGCGCGGCGGCGGCGGCGGCGGCGGCGGCGCGGGAGAUUCGGAGCAGGAGCCGGGUGUCGCGGACGGCAUGGAGGACUACGAGCAGGAGCUGCGCGGCGUGGAGGAUGACUUCCACAGCCAGUUCGCGGCCGAGCUGGAGGUGCUGGCCGAGCUGGAAGGGGCGUCGACUCCAUCGCCCUCCGGGGUCCCCGCGCCCCCUGCGGGCCGGCCCCCGCGGACGUUCGAGGAGGCCCUCGCCGGAGGGGCCGCGGCCUCCCGCCCCGCCGCAGCCGCCUCUCCGGGCAGCAGCCGGGGCCGCGCCAGCAAGAGGCAGGUGGACGCGGGCCCGCCGCCGGCCGGGUCCCCGCCCCGCACGCCCAGGAUCAAACGGCCCCGGCUGCAGGUGGCCAAGAGGCUGAACUUCAGGUCGGAGGAGCUGGAGGGGCCGCCGCCGCCCGCCACCCCACCGAGGGACAUCACCCCUCCGCCUGGCCCUGAGGACCUCGCCGAGCUGUGGGGCCGUGGGUGUGUGGCUCGCAUACGGGUGUCCCACCCCAUUUGCCUUGUGGGACUCAGAGCCUCAGAGGCUGCUGCCGACGUGGGUCUCACACAGGCCUCACCAGCCCCCCGAAAUCCUGUCCUGAGACGGCCCCCCAUCUUCGAGGACUAUGUUCACGUGACAUCCACGGAGGGCGUCCGGGCCUUUCUGGUGCUGCGUGCUGACCCCAUGGGCACGGGGGUGCAGAGUCCUCUCCCCCACGUCCCAUGGCGAGGCGGUGGCCAGCUGGACCUGUUGGGUGUGUCCUUCGCCUCCCUGAAGGAGCAGGUCGACAGCGAGCGGCGGCAGCGGCUGCUCCAGGAGGCCCAGCAGCUCUCAGACACCCUGCACAGCCUCAGGUCAGAGGAGGAGGAGGCAGCGCAGCCUGAGGAGGCCCCCGAGAAGGAGCUGGCUGCCGGCCAAGACGCCUCCCCCCACUGCCUCUGGGUGGACGAGUUUGCGCCCCGGCACUACACGGAGCUGCUCAGUGAUGACUUCACCAACCGCUGCCUGCUCAAGUGGCUGAAGCUGUGGGACCUGGUGGUGUUUGGCCACGAGAGGCCUGCCCGGAAGCCCAGGCCCAGUGUUGAGCCAGCCCGGGCCAGCAAGGAGGCCACAGCCCCAGGCAAGUGGAAAAGCCAUGAGCAGGUGCUGGAGGAGACGCUGGAGGCCGGACUGGACCCGAGCCAGCGGCCACGGCACAAGGUGGCGCUGCUGUGCGGGCCCCCGGGGUUGGGGAAGACCACUCUGGCACACGUGAUUGCACGGCACGCGGGGUACUCUGUGGUGGAGGUGAACGCCAGUGACGACCGCAGCCCCGAGGUCUUCCGCACACGCAUCGAGGCGGCGACGCAGAUGGAGUCGGUGCUGGGUGCUCGUGGGAAGCCCAACUGCCUGGUCAUCGAUGAGAUCGACGGGGCCCCCAUGGCUGCCAUCAGCGUCCUCCUGAGCAUCCUGAACCGCAAGGGCCCGCAGGAGGCGGAGCUCCAGGGCCAGGCUGUGCCUUUGAGUGGUGGCCGGCGGCGCCGGGCGGAGGGGGGACUGCUGAUGAGGCCCAUUAUCUGCAUUUGCAAUGACCAGUUCGUGCCAUCCCUGCGGCAGCUGAAGCAGCAGGCCUUCCUGCUGCACUUCCCGCCGACUCUGCCCUCGAGGCUGGUGCAGCGUCUCCAGGAGGUCUCCCUGCGGCGGGGCUUGAGGGCCGACCCUGGGGUGCUGGCUGCCCUCUGCGAGAAAACGGACAAUGACAUUCGGGCCUGCAUCAACACCCUGCAGUUUUUGCACAGCCGGGGCCAGCGGGAGCUGAGCGUGCGGGACGUGCGGGCCACACGCGUGGGCCUCAAGGACCAGCGCAGAGGGCUCUUCUCAGUGUGGCAGGAGGUCUUCCAGCUGCCUCGAGCCCAGAGGCGCCGUGUGGGCCAGGACCCUGCCCUGCCUGCCGACACGCUCCUGCUGGGUGACAGGGACGCGGGCUCCCUGACCUCGGCCUCGCAGCGAUUCUACCACGUUCUGCACGCGGCUGCCUCUGCGGGCGAGCACGAGAAGGUGGUCCAGGGCCUGUUUGACAACUUUCUGCGCCUGCGCCUGCGGGACUCCAGCCUGGGUGCCGUGUGCACGGCCCUCGACUGGCUGGCCUUCGACGACCUGCUGGCACGGGCUGCCCACCACAGCCAGAGCUUCCAGCUGCUGCGCUACCCACCCUUCCUGCCCGUGGCCUUCCACAUGCUGUUCGCCUCCAGCCACACGCCCAGGAUCACCUUCCCCAGCAGCCAGCAGGAGGCCCAGAACCGGACGAGCCAGAUGAGGAACCUGAUCCAGACGCUGGUGUCCGGCAUCGUGCCAGCCAUGCGCAGCCGGGCUACGCCCCAGGCUCUGCUCCUGGACGCCCUCUGCCUGCUCCUCGACAUUCUCGCACCCAAGCUGCGCCCUGUCAGCACGCAGCUAUACAGUGUCCGCGAGAAGCAACAGCUGGCCAGCCUGGUGGGCACGAUGCUUGCCUACAGCCUGACCUACCGCCAGGAGCGCACGCCCGACGGGCAGUACAUCUACAGGCUUGAGCCGAACGUGGAAGAGCUCUGCCGCUUCCCUGAGCUGCCUGCCCGCAAGCCCCUCACCUACCAGGCCAAGCAGCUCAUUGCCCGAGAGAUUGAGGUGGAGAAGAUGCGGCGGGCAGAGGCUUCGGCCCGGGCAGGGAACAGCCCCCAGGUGGAUGGGAGCCCGCCAGGGCUCGAGGGUCUGCUGGGGGGCAGUGGGGAGAAAGGGGUGCGGCGACCUGCCCCACGAAACCACGAGCAGCGGCUGGAGCACAUCAUGAGACGCGCGGCCCCAGAGGAGCAGCCUGAGAGGGAUUUCUUCGGACGUGUGGUGGUCAGGAGCGUGGCAGCGCCGAGUGCAGGGGACACGGCCCCGGAGCAGGACUCAGUGGAGCGGCGCAUGGGCACGGCGGUGGGCAGGAGCCAGGUCUGGUUCCGCUUCAACGAGGGCGUGUCCAACGCGGUGCGGCGCAGCCUGUACAUCAGAGACUUGCUCUAGUCCUCGGACCCGAGGGACGCCCCGCAUCGCUUCCCGCAGGCCGUGCGGGGGACGGAACCCGGAAGCUCUUUAUAAAGUCACACCUUUACAGAUUG